UCUAUAAACCUCAAUUAAAUAAUUAUUCCCAUAUCGAUCAUGGACAAUAAGCCUUCCUUCUCGAAUGAAGAGAUUAUAAACCACACCCAGAUAUACCAGGAUGGGUUCAAAGGCUUCGGCCUUGCCCUCCACGACCGAUACGAACAGCUUAAGCUCACUGAUGGAGUUCAGGAUCCAACAUUCAAGCCAAACUGUAAAUAAAAGUAUCAAAGAUGAGAUAAAUAUGUAUAAAAAGAAAUAUGAAUCAAAACAAUUCAGCACAAAGGCAAAGUAUUUGACAAACUUGAAGAAUACCAGAUCUGAAGUUUCUUCAGUAGGUUUAACAACCCCAGCUAGGUCUCAUAAUCUGAGCCAGAGUUCAAGAAAACAGAUGGGGUCAAAGAUAAGAAAUAUGAGUGUGAUGACACGGAGGAAGAAGAAACAGCUAAGUGGGGGCUUGAAGACAACUCAUAAGGACUUGUUAGAGCAGCUACGGAUUAAGUGAAAGUUCCACAGCAAGUACAAGUUCGAUCAAAUCAUCCUUAAUUCUUCUCUCCUCAAUUUCUAUAAAGCUGGAUAUUAUCAAAAACAAAGGAUAAAUUUGAAUACCUCUGUUGAUGAUGCACAAGCCCAAAAUCCGAUUAAACCUCCACGCUACAAACAAAGAGUCGGGUCAGUCGAUGAUAAAACAACAUCAUAUUUUACAGAUAAAAUAAAUCCAGAUAACCUUCAAAUUCCUCCUCUCCAUAUAAAAAGCGUUAGAGAAAGUAGAAAAUAUGAUCCUGCAAGAACCUUCAAUGAUACCGAAUCCGUCAGUGUUCAGCAAUCCCCUCGAGGCUACACCAUGCGUUCGAAUGAGGGUCGCAGGGAGAAAAUGCUUUACACAGCUCAUAACUCUCCCAGAGUCACAGAGAUAUCAGCAAAUUAUGACAAGAAUCAAGGCAUUGAGCUAGAAAAAUACCAGGAAGUUCCCAUCACUAGUAACACUGUAAAUCUGAAGACUAAAUAAGGCUCCAAAACUGUACAAAGAACUUAACAAAGUUGAAGAUGCUCUCGAUGAGCUCGAAAUGAAGCAAGAAGUUAACGAAAUUCAGAGAUUUGCCUCUGCUGAAAUAAAAUUGACAAACAUUCUAGACAAACAAGAGACAAUCAAAACAAUUCUUAGUAAAAUUGAGAAGAAGUAUGAAGCCAGUGGGAUAAUCCCAACAGAUACUGAAAAGUUGUCACCAACAAAGCCAGAUACUAGUCCUCAGGACCAGCAAAAUCUGGCGCCUAUUGUGGUAAAUAAACUAUUCAACCUCUUCAAGAGGCUUCUCCAGACAGGGGAUGAGAACACCAACCAUGCACACAAGUUCUACUCUGAAGAGCUUAAAAUAAGAGAUGAAGCAAUUGCUUCUCUAAAAUCAACAGCCAAAAGAUUAGGUGCAGAAGUAAGAGCUUUCCACGAGAUCAGAAAGGAAGCCCAAAACAGAGUCGAGCAGGAGAUGAAAAAGUUAGAUGAAAUGGGCAGUAUUGGUGCCAACAAAAAGCCGAGCUUCCUUGAUGAAGAACUGAUCGCUUAUGAUCCCUCAACAGGGGACAUAGUUUAUACUCUGAAUGAUCUUUACCAAUUCCUCAAGUUCGACUCUUAUUACCCACAGGAGAAAUCUGAAAUGGUAGAUGAUAAAUACAAGCAACUUGAAGCAGAGUUUGUCGAGCAGCUCCAAAAAUUCCAGCACACCUCAGCUGGCAAAGCCAUAAAGAUGAUUUUCAAGAAGCCAAAAUCUAAAAACGUCUGUCAGCAGACAAACCUUCGUGAUUACGAAGCUGAGAUUGAAAACUUGACUACCGAAUUAGCCAUAUCCGAGCAGAAGCGUAAUCAUUUAAAGAUUGACAACAACAAGCUCAUGAAUGAAGUCACAAAGUGGAAAUAAUGAAGUGAAAAUGAAAAGCUCAGAAGUCUUACAAUUGAGAAAAGAUAUCCAAAGAGUCUCCAGAAAUCUUAAAGGCGGCCAGAUAGAUUAUAGGUACUCCAGCAGUUUCGACAAAGCUGAGAAUAUUGCACUACAGAAGAAGAUUGACCAGUACAAGGAAAUGCUCAGCAAGACUGAAAGACAUAUGAAAGAUGCAGUCAAAAAUUUAGAGGAUACCAGGAAGGCUAAAGACAUCGUAGUUAAAAACCUGAAUAGUUUAAUCAAGAAUGUUGAGUUCCUCGAAGGUAAUCUGAGGAUCAAAGAAGGAACAGUCAAGAAGCUGAGGAAAAACCUGAGUGAGAUCAGAGACUAUCUGAAUAAACAGAAUUUUGAAGUUGACAAACACGAGACUAUUGGAAAGCUUAUCCUAGAAGAUCAUGAGAAGGACGAUAUUGUCUAUGAAGACAAACAAAUGCAGACUGACAAUAUAGACAACCCGAUAGAGGUCUCUUCAGUUGACUCAUCUGUAUCGAGCCUGCUCUCGCCCAGACGUAUGAAAGGCAGUGGAAAGAAUAAUAAGGGAAUGAAGAAAGAUAGGAGUAACUCUCGGCUUAAGAAUGCUUAUGAAAUCAGCAUCCCCCAGGAUUCCCCCAGUCGAAGGAAUUCUCAGCUGGUAGUCAGUAAGAAGAAUAUAUUUGAACAAGAAGAGACCAAGCAGAUUAAGCAGAAGGAGAAGAAAUUGAAGAAAUCUAAACCAUCUUCAAAACGAGGAUCUGGAAGCCAACAAAGCAAAUACAGUGGCAGUUUGGAAUUUCCUAAUCUUCCUGUGAUCAGGAUCAAUGACCUCCUCACUCCAGACCCAGUCCAGAGCGAGCCUGGAACCUCAGUAUACGAAGAUUAUGAUGAUAAGUUAAAAUAAACUCAGAAGAACCAAAAUAAAGGUUUAUAAGAAGCUGAAUGAGCUCGGCCAAAUUGACCACAGAUGGAUUCAGACUGAUCCCAUAUCUCAAGAAGAGACAGAAGAGGUCAAAGUAAUAAAAUAAAAACGCUUUUACUCAAAAACCUGAUCGUAAAGAACGUCAGAAAGCAGAUAUCCCUAAAAAUCCUACUAGCAGUGAUAUUUCCCAGUAUCAGUUAAACAUGUUGAUCAACAUCCUGCAUAUGAUCCAAUCAGAUGGAGUCCUAAAUACCUACCUAUUCAAUGAAAAAGAUGUUUUCAAAAUAAAAGAUGAGAUCAUCGAAAUUCUGCGUGUGCAUGCUGCAUCACUCAGCAUCGGAAGUAUUUGGAUGAACUACUCCGGAGCUUCAAGUCUCGGUGGGCCAACUAAGGCAUCUGAAUUAUACAAUAUCGGCCAAAAGGACCCAGUCCUCCACUACAUCAAGAAAGAAGAUAUUAUCCCAGAAGUGGUCAGCCUUGUUUCUAAAAGUAGCAAACCAAUCAAAAAAGCAAAGACAAGGAAACUAAGAAGCUUCAAGGGGAUCUCAUAA